AUGGUAGGUUCUGCGAGAAAGGCCACCAAGAAGUUUGAGAAAAAGCAUCUCAGGGAGACUAUCGAGCGCCGCAAGGAAUUCGCAAAGGUCAAGCAACGACACCGUCUAAAAGAAAAGAGACGGCAGAAUAAACAAGGAAAUGGCGAAUCUGAUGAUGAGGAGACACAGAAGAAUGGUGAUGGCCGGAAAUCUGCAGCAGCUGGCGGGGGAAAUUCCUUUGCCGAUAUGAACGUGGAUGACUUCUUCGCUGGUGGAUUCGAUGUACCAGACCCCACUCCCGGCAAGAGGCAGAAAUCUUCCAAUAAAAGGGAGGUAGCGCCGAAGAUUGGGAAGAGGAAACGCACUGCGGAGGUAGAAAAACAAGAAGGAGAUCAGGAAUCACCUGCACUGAGCGAUAACAAAGAGGAUGAUACCGCUUCAGAGGCCAGCGAUGCAGACGACAUCGAUGCACAUAUGGAACAGCUGGAGGGUCUGAAGGAUAAAGAUCCCGAAUUCUACAAAUACCUUAAGGAAAACGAUGCGGAGUUACUAGAAUUUGGGGACCAUGGAGACCUCGCUGAAGUUGAUGCACUCAGUGAUCGUGAGGAAGAGGAAGACGACGCACUCCCCAAGAAGAAAAAGAAGACCAAGGCAUCUGAAGCCACCGAAGCCGGUGACGCGGUCAAUACGAUUAAUUUGUUGACGAUUAAACAAUGGCAGAAAUCAAUGAUUGAGCAAAAUUCCAUGAGGGCAACUCGACAAGUGGUCUUAGCUUUCAGAUCAGCUGCGUUCAUGAGUGAAGCGGAUUCCAAAGAACGGAAAUACACGAUUUCAGACGCAGAUGUUUACCACCAGGUGCUUCUCACGGCAUUGGAAUACGUCCCUAGGAUUCUAAGCCACCACCUCCCUACCAAAGAGAGUGCCGGUGGGAAAAUCAGAGUUUCGAUGGAUUCGAAAAAGUUCAAAACCUUGACCCCUCUAAUCAAGUCCUACGCAUCUUCUAUCCAUCAGCUUCUUACAAAUCUGUCCGACACAGCCGCAUUGAAGUUGACCUUAGCAUCAUUUGAGCCAAUGCUUCCCUAUCUCCUCCCAUUCAGAAAGCUCUUAAGGGUUAUUCUCAAAACCGUCGUCGGCAUCUGGUCGGAUUCCGCUAGCACAGAAGCUACUAGAGUCACCGCCUUUCUGAUCGUCCGUCGCCUGAUGGUGAUUGGAGAUGCUGGAAUUCGCUCUGCAGUCCUGAAGGCAACGUACGAAGGGGUGGUUAAAGGCAGCCGAAAUACAACCUCGCACACACUCCCCGGCGUAAAUUUGAUCAAAAACUCUGCAGCUGAGAUUUGGGGGAUCGACCAGAAUAUCUCGUAUACCACCGGGUUUAAUUUCAUCAGACAACUGGCCAUGCAUCUGAGAAGCAGCAUAACGCAGCCUUCAAAGGACUCCUACAAGACUGUGUAUAACUGGCAGUACAUCCAUUCUUUGGACUUCUGGUCCAGAGUUUUGUCGUCUCACUGCGACUCCGUUGUAGAAGCCACUGCGGGCAAAGCAUCGCCGCUUCGACCGCUUAUCUACCCCGUAGUCCAAAUCACCCUCGGAGCGAUGCGUCUGAUCCCCACAGCACAAUACUUCCCGUUACGUUUCCAGCUCACGAGAUCCCUCCUCCGUAUCUCUCUUACGACAGGAACCUACAUCCCGCUUGGAGCCGCACUCGUUGAGGUCCUCAACUCCGCCGAAAUGAGAAAGCCUCCAAAAUCCACCACCCUCCGCCCCCUCGAUUUCGCUACAAGCAUUCGUGCCCCCAAAUCUUACCUACGAACCCGCGUCUACCAGGAUGGAGUGGGUGCUGAAGUUGCAGAACUGCUCUCGGAAUUCUUCAUCCUAUGGGCCAAAAACAUUGCCUUCCCCGAACUCUCGCUUCCUGUAAUCGUCAUGCUCAAGCGUUGGCUGAAAGAGAUGUCCUCCCGCACUUCUGGAAACAAAAAUACAAAAGUCAACCAGAUGAUCGUGCUAGUUGUGCAGAAGCUGGAGGCGAAUAGUCGGUGGAUUGAAGAGCGGCGGUCAAAAGUGACUUUUGCACCCAAGGAUCGUGCGGAGGUUGAGGGGUUCUUGAAAGAUGCGGAGUGGGAAACGACGCCGCUUGGCGCGUUUGUGAAGACGCAGAGGAAGCAGAAGGAUGAGCGGGUAAAGUUGCUUGAGCAGAGUCGGAGGGAUGAUGAGAAGAAACGCGCGGAAAAGGGGGAUGUGAAGAUGGGGGAUGACGAUGGCGAUAGUGAUGGUGUAUAUAGGGAGGAGGUUGAGGAAGAUGAACAGGAGGAUGGAAAUGUGGAUAUGGAUGAAUCAUCUGGUGAUGAAGAGUGA